AGUAAUCCAAAUUGCCUAUCACCUCAAUGGAAUCAAUGGAAGUUGUUUCCACCCUUUCUUAUCUGAGAGACCGUUAGUCCAAGCUCCUCAUUUGUUAGUCUGCCCUGCUAAUAUGACCGCCACGAAUCCUUCGGCAUGCCACGAUCACGCCGGCUGUCCAGUGUCCAGUGUCCAGUUUCCACUCGGAGAAUGCCCUGCAAAACCUCCCAAGAGCAGCCACUCCCCUUUUACGGAGGACGCUCCUGGAACCGCGCCUAAAUGCGGAUCUGGUUGGCUGGACCCAAAAACCGAGAGUCAAAUGCCCCGCGAUAUCUCCACAUAUUCGGCCAUGUUCCUUGGACUGUGGGACUGGAGGGAUUCAAUACCACACGAACACGGAGCUGACUAGUGAAGAGUGUUUUCGCCAGUCAUGCAGGCAGCCAGAUGGCAUCUGAGCCUUGCGGUGUUUUAGAAAAAAAAAUAAGACAAGAAACGGAUAUAUUGGAAAGUCAAUAUCAC